AUGGAUGACUUGAAUAGCCUCUUUAAACUCGUACGCUUUCGCUUCUUCCAAUUCUUCAACUUGGAGCUUGACAGGAUCGUAUCAGACUUGAAAAGGCUAAAAAGUUCAGUCUCUAUGAUUCAAAGUUUCUUGAACGAUGCGGAGGGGAAGCAAAUCACCGACGAGGCUGUCGAACGUUGGUUGCAUAAGCUUGAAGGUGUGGCUUUCGAUGCCGAUAAUGUCUUGGAUGAGCUCCACUAUCAACAUCUCUCCAAGGAAAUUCAUAACCAGGACAAAAUGAAGAAGAGGAAGAAGAAGUGUCAUUUUUUCUUCCCACAUUGCAUUGCCAAUACGCAUCGCCUAAAAAUGGCACGUAAAAUCAAGGAUAUCGUUCAAAACUUGGAAGAGAUCAACAAGGAGGCGACCGACUAUGGCCUUCAAAAGGCAGUGGUAGGUGCAUAUGCUCCGCUUACUGGAUCAUCUGUAGGCCUGGAAACUGAUUCAUUCAGUAUCGAUCCGAUUUUUCUUGGAAGAGAAGGUGACGUGUCUGAAAUAGUGAAGACGAUGACUACUCUUCCAAAUGAUCAAGUACUCUCUAUCAUCCCCAUUUUCGGGAUGGGAGGACUCGGAAAAACAAUGGUAGCUCGGAACGUGCUUGAUCAUGAAGCCAUAAAGGCUCAUUUUGCUAAGCGUUUUUGGGUGCAUGUCUCUCAAAACUUCGAUGCCAAGAUUCUUUUCAAUAUGAUUCUUACAUCGUUAACAGGAACAAACGCCAGACUUGGAGAUAAACAGGCAGUUCUGGAAGAGCUUCAAAAGAAGUUGGGAUCUCAAAGAUUUCUACUUGUUCUACUACGGGAAAUGGGGUGA